AUGGCGACCAAGACAUUGGAAGCUCGUUUCGAGCACCUGUCUGUCAAGGAAGAGAAGGACACUGGAGGCGACCGCACUUAUGGGAAGCAAAAGGUGGGCUCUCUGUCGACGGCCGUCUCUCUGUCCGGACUUGGUGCGGCCCAGAUGAACAACCCCAACCGGGCCCAUCUGUUGAAGCUAGCUCUUCAAAACACCAAUGAUAACAAGAACUCGAUGAACGUUCCUCUCUCACCUGCGAGGAGUUCUCAGGGCUCAAGGGUGUCCCGCAACACGGACGAGAACGGAGAUCAGCGUACGUCCACGUCGCUGAAUGACCCAUCUGUGCCAAAGGAAUUACAUCUCGGGAUGUUUGAGAUCGGUAAACCCCUUGGCAAGGGAAAGUUCGGUCGUGUUUACCUUGCCAAGGAGCGAUCUUCGGGCUUUGUCUGCGCCCUCAAGGUGCUUCACAAGUCCGAGCUGCAGCAGGGCGGCGUCCAGAAGCAAGUCCGCCGUGAAAUCGAAAUCCAGAGUAACCUUCGUCAUCCAAACGUCCUGAGGCUCUACGGCCAUUUCCACGACAGCAAGCGAAUCUUCUUGAUCCUCGAGUUCGCUGGAAGGGGUGAAUUGUACAAGCACCUUCGCAAAGAGCACCGGUUCCCUGAAUGGAAGGCUGCGCAGUACAUUGCACAGAUGGCAGCGGCGCUGAAGUACUUGCACAAGAAGCAUGUGAUGCACCGUGAUAUCAAGCCCGAGAACAUUCUUGUCGGUAUUCAUGGAGAAAUCAAGAUCAGCGACUUCGGCUGGAGUGUUCACGCCCCCAACAACCGACGCCAGACCAUGUGCGGAACGCUCGACUACCUCCCUCCGGAGAUGCUGAAACCUGGCUCUCAAGACAAUUUCUACAGCGAGAAGGUGGAUCUGUGGAGUCUUGGUGUUCUGGCAUAUGAGUUCCUGGUUGGCGAGGCUCCUUUCGAAGAUACGCCUGUGAUGACCCAGCGCCGAAUCACCAGGGCUGAUAUGUCCGUGCCGUCCUUCGUUAGCCCGGAGGCUAGGGACCUUAUCAAGAAGCUCCUUGUCCUGGACCCUGAGAAGCGAAUUCCUCUGGAUGAGAUCCAACGUCAUCCUUGGAUUGUCAAGCACUGCGUGAAAGAUGCAAAGCGGAGCUCGGGGUCUUCCAAAGACACUAAAGCAUAA